UUAAGCAUCAAGCAUCGUUCUUCCUUGGACUUUUACAGAGGCAAGAGAACGGAUGUACUGCAGACACUGUUCAAGGGCUACCAGAGGACACAUCUUCAACUCAGUGUUCUGAUCUCUAUCCUAUUCUGGAUUCUAAACAGUAACAGCACAUUCUCUGAAACUAUGCAGCCUGCACGCGAUCUGAAACCAAACUUCAGCAUCCCAGUCCCUUCCACAGCUGCAGGGUCCGACUCCUAUCUGCAGAGCAACGUCCGGAUGAGCCUAGAAGACUCGGACCUCUGGAAGUCUUUCCAUGAGCUGGGAACUGAGAUGAUCAUCACUAAACCUGGCAGGAGAAUGUUUCCUCACUGUAAAAUCACCCUCUCGGGCCUAUUACCCUAUGCCAAGUACAUUAUACUGGUAGAUAUGGUGCCAGUAGAUGGUUUCAGGUACAAGUGGAACAAGGACCGGUGGGAAGUGGCUGGAAAGGCAGAGCCACAGCCUCCGUGUCGGACGUACCUGCACCCUGACUCGCCAGCCCCCGGCAGUCACUGGAUGAAGCAGCCGGUCUCCUUUCUGAAGCUAAAACUGACCAACAACACUCUGGACCAACAUGGCCACAUCAUUUUGCACUCCAUGCAUCGCUACCAGCCCCGUUUCCACGUUGUGCAGGCUGAUGACCUCUUCAGCGUGCGGUGGAGUGUCUUUCAGACUUUUACCUUCCCUGAGACCAUUUUCACUGCGGUCACAGCGUACCAGAACGGAAAGAUAACCAAACUGAAGAUUGACCACAACCCCUUUGCUAAGGGCUUCAGGGAACAAGGAACCAACACAAAGAGACGUAUGCUUAAAAGUCAGAUGUGCCCAGAAAAAGAUGCGAAGAAAGCAAAUGCAAUCAAACAGGAAGACGAACAGGAAAAUCUUCAAGCAGAGUUCAGGGGGUCUUUCUACGAGAGCUAUGAGGAGGACCAUGCCAGUCUGCCCAAGCCCAAAGACGAAAAGUCCGUUAAAGAGGGCCGCUGUUCCCCUUGGGGGGCAGAUCCAGAUCCCUCUCAGAGCCUGCGGACAGACUCUCCCUUGGGUUCAGACACCAGGGAGAUCUACAACACAGAGCAACUGGUCCCUGCGCCCGCCUCCUACCAGCUCUACAGCAAGUUCCAGGAUUUUGGAAAAUCUCCUUCGUCCUCCACCAGUGCCGCGAGCAGCAGCCGCAGUGGGCGGCCCAGCUUUGAAUCCAGAGCCUCAGACGUUGCCACGGUGCCAGACCAGGACACCAACAAGCCCUCUGCCCUGGAAAUGCCCUCAUCGUCCUGUCCUCCCUCUCUGCCCCCGGGCCCACCUACGCACCAGGACUAUGCAGGAGUGCUUAAUGUUGCCGUGGCGUCACCUCAAACCAAGACGGGAGUCAUUGGCCACAUUUAUAACCCCUACACUACGGAGCAGGCUCUCGGGCAGUGGAAUGGGCCUCCCCAUGGCCAAUAUGGGUCCUCAGCUUACCCCAGCCACCACCUUCCCUCAGACUACAGCGCACAGAGCAUGCACCAUGGGUAUCACCACGGCAACGUGCCUGACUGGAGCCAGUACCCACUGUUCUCUUAUUCCUGCUGGUAGACAUGCCAAGCAGAUUGAAGACUCAAGUGCUGCAUCCACCAUUUUAUACAAUUACUGAAACAAAAUCCCUUGAGAUUCACUGGCUUAAUGCCAGAUGCCACCCAUUCCCUGUUUUUAUCACUAACAGAAAGGCCUGUUCAAUACCCUUCGUCUAGCAUGGCAUGUUAGAGUCAAAAGAGUAGAGAGUGUGUUGUACCAUAAAGAGCAUGUGCUGAAAGUCAGACAGCUGAGGUAGUUUUAUAUUUUUUUUUUGUACAAAUAGCAGGCUCACAGCAGAGAUAUUCAUUUCAAGCUGAUGCAGAUAGAAUUGACUGUUUUUUCUUACACUCGGCAUCAGCAAUUUUUCAGUACAUCAAUACGAAUAAAAGGAAUGAUUUUCAACUUAUCUCAGAAGGUUCUGGCAUAUUGAGUGUAUUUUAAACUGCCUGUUUUAACUUGUUCCAAUCACUUUCUUAAAUCAACCAGGAGGCCUCACUGUCUACUCAUUUUAUUUAUUUAGAAGUUGCAUUUCUCUUCCUUUAUAUAUUAUUAUAUUUUGUAAAAAGUUGAG